AUGGCAAGCCCUUUGUCGCCGCUGAACUCGCAGCAGCUCAACUCUCGCACUCCAGCCACCGUCGUGCGUGAAGACAAGAUGGCCACCAAUACCGUCACAACAUCGACCCCGACCAAACAAACACAAGAAGAGUCCAUCAUCAACUGGGACGACGAAGACGUCGGAAGCUCGCCUNUUGUCGCUGAAGCAGACAUUCGCGCCGCCAGCAACAACUUCGAUCAAGUUCAAAUUGACCCCGAGGUUGACGCCAUCUUCGAAGACCCGUCAGACCCAUCCGAGACUCAAUUCUUCGAGACGACCGACAACAAGGCCUCAACCUUUUCAUACUCUUCUGUCGGCGAGAAAGAGAAUACUGUCGCUCCCGAGUCCGAAAACAUCGACGCCGAGUCCCAAGACGAGAACAAGCACAAGACACCAGAGAAAUCAACCACCCCAGAGCCCUCCAGAAAAUCAAUGUCUCCCCUCAAACCAAAAUCGACCAUCAAGAAGAGGCGCAGCAGCACUUUUGAGGAAGACGCAGCUGCCAUGCCGCCACCUUCGACCAGAAAGACGUUGCGCUUCAACUCUCCCCUCAAGGCCAAAUCUCCUGCCAAGCAGCUCGACUUUGCAAAUGAGACUCCUCUUCCUCACAGUCGCGAACCUUCGUUCGAGAAGGCUGACGAGACCAUUGACGAUUCUGUCAUGAUUCACGAUGUUGACGAAACUGGCGUCGACGACACUUGCUUCAGCACCUUCUCUGCUGUCCCUGAUAUGACUAUGUUUGCCAAACUGGGCGAUCGCAGAAGCCCUCUCAAACAAUCUGUCCAACGAACACCACAGAGCGAACAAGCCACACCAAGACCCAUCAGAAGACGCGAAUCCGACGAGCGAUCACCCUCUCCCACACCUCGCAGACCUAGAACUCCUGGUACUGCUCAGUCGAACACAACCAACCUCAUCGACUUCACUCAGCAGAUCGAACGCUUUGCCCACGCUUCCAGCCGCCCCGAUGUCCAACAGACCCCCUCUCGUCGUUCUCCUCAAAAGUCUGCCACCGAGCCCAACCUCCUGUCAUGCCCGAACCAACAACGCUCACCAAACAAGGGUGCAAGGAUGAGCACUCCAGCAAAGUCUACCAGCCUGCUCAAUCUGCUCGACUUUGAGCUGCCUCCAGCACCCACUCCUCGCUCCGUUCCUACCAUCACCAUACGCGAACUCGAAUCUAUGAAGUCGCAAUAUCAAUCUCAAAUUUCUUCCCUCAAGGCCACUCUCUCUGGCAGAGAAGCCGAAGUUGACUCGCUGAAGAAGGCUGUAGGAGAUGCUGAAAGGCGUGUUGGCGAGGCCCUCGAGAACCUCCGCGAGGAGAAGGGCCAGCGCGAGCAGAUUGAACAUGAGAAGAAUCAAUGGGAGCAGCGUGGUGUUGAGUUCGAACAGCUGCUCCAGAACGUCAAACAGGAAGUCUUGCGCAGUGAUGAAGAGAAGGAAUCGUUAGUUCGCCGCGCAGAAGAGAGCGAGCGCUUGACGGAGAAACAUCAGACUCGCGCAGACGAGGCAGAGUCCAAGAUUCUCGACCUAGAAGCCCAGCUUGCAACUGCUCGUGCUGCUAUUCCCAAGAACGACGGAUCGGGAAACAUGAUUGACGAAGCGCAAAUCCAACACCUCGUGCAACAACAAAUCGAUGCAAAGGUCGAAGCCGUGUCUCGCGAACUUCACGCUGUCUACAAANAGAAGCACGAGACCAAGGUCGCAACACUCAAGAAAUCUUACGAAGCACGUGGCGAGAAGAAGUGCGCCGAACUCCAGACCCGUCUUGAUGAAUUAGUCAAACAGAACGAAGAGCUCACAGCAGCUGCAAGCAACAACGUCGAGUCCUCCAUGAUGUUCACAGCCGACGACCGCAGAGUAAUGGAAGAAGCAAACUCGACCAUCGAAGAACAACGAGCUCACCUCGCCAACCUGGACCGUCAACUCCAAGUCAUGNCGCAACGAACAAGCAGAUCUGAUCCGCGAACUCGAAAAGAGCGAGUCGAAAAGGGCGAGCUUGUUGCUGCGGUUGACGAAAUGUUGCUUNUGCAGAGUUCAGCUCCUGAGGGCAAUACCGCAGCCAUCGAAGAUUUCAGACGCAGCAUUAGUCGUCCUGCUCCUCCGCCCCACGCAAGCAUUCCUACCUUCAAAGAGCAACCUGCCCCUGCGCAAAGCAGAAUCGGGCGUGGUAUGCCUAGGCCUUCAGGUAUUGCGUCCAAGAGCAAGAUGAUGAGCAAUAUCGAGCGCAUGGGUGGUGCGCCCAAACAUUGA